AUGAGUCAAAAAGUUCAAUUACAUGUUUAUGAUCUAUCAAGAGGUAUGGCAAAAACGUUCUCAUUACCUUUAUUAGGUCGACGAAUAGAUGCAAUUUAUCAUACAUCAAUAGUUGUUUAUGGAACAGAAUGGUAUUUUGGUGGUGGUAUUUUAAGAGAUAUACCUUUUCAAACUCCACAUGGUCAACCAUUUGAAAUUUUAGAAUUAGGUGAAACUGAAAUACCAAAAGAAUUAUUUGAAGAAUUUUUAAGUGGACAAACAGAUAGAUUUAGAAUGGAUAAAUAUCAUUUACUUGAGAAUAAUUGUAAUCAUUUCACAAAUGAAUGUAGUAAUUUCUUAUUAGGUGUCGGCAUACCAUCACAUAUUGUAGACUUACCAAAUGAAGUUAUGAGCACACCAUUUGGUGCAAUGUUACAACCAAUGAUUAAUAACUUUUUUAGUCAACAAGGUUGGGGUAAUACAAUGGGUCCUGUAAAUCAACAACAACAACAACAAUUACCAACUACAGCUACAACUACAAAUACUACUACCACUACAACUACAAAUACUACAACUACAAUAAUUAAUAAUAAUAAUAAAGUUGAAAAUCAUCCAAAAUCUAAUAUAACACAUAGACAUUAUAAAAAUUCAAAUAAGAUACAAUUAAUAUUAAAUAGUAAAUCAGUGUUAUUUGAAAAGAGUGAUGUUGAAGCAGUGUUUAAUAAAUUAAAAGAAUUUGCUAAUAAAGAAUUUAAAGGUAAAGAAAAUGAGCAAUUAUUAAUUACCCAAUAUGAAAAAGAAUCUAAUCAAUUGAAACAAAUUAUGAAAUCGGUCGAUGUGGAUACACCAAUUUCAAUUGAAACAUUGAAAUAUUUCGAUGGCUUAUUAUCGACAUUCUCUGACGACCACCAAUUCCCAUUAUUAGAAAUAUUAAGAAUGCUAUUAUUAAAGAAUCAAAGUAACCAAUACUACACAAAUCAAAGUAACCCAAUUAUUUCUAAUAUUCUAUUAAAAAUUCAAUCUAAAAAAUUAUCAAAACCAUCAGAAUUAUUAAGUUUUAGAGUUAUAAAUAAUUGUUUUUUUUCAAAAUCUGGUAUAAAUUAUUUAUUUAAUGGUAAUGGUAAUGAUAAUAAUAAUGAUAAUUUAAAUAUUGUUAUUGAAUCUACUAUUGAUGCAUUACAUAGUAUGGAUAAAAUUUUAAAGAGAGCAGUUAGUACAUUGGCUUAUAAUUUAUCAAUUCAUUUAUCUAUUGAUAAUUCAAAUCAUCAAGAACAAGCAAUUUCAUUAUUAGGUGCAAUUGAACAUAUUUUAUCGGAAUCUGAUUUUUCAAAUGAAGACCCUGAAAUAUCAUUUAGAUUAUUAAUGGCAUUAGGUACAUUAAUAUAUUGUAAUGAUGAUCUUGUUGAAAUUUUAAAAACUUUAGAUUUUGAUUUUAAUAAAUAUUUAAAUUCAAAAGAAUUAAAAAUUUCACAAUUAAUUAAAGAAAUUCAAUCAUUAUUAAUUUAA